CACGUCCCGAUCCAGCCCCUUACCAUGCUAGCACUCACAGUAACAAUCCUAACAUGAACCAGCACCUACACCUGAACAUCACCACCCACCACCCUCGUUUAUUCUCCUCCCCCUUAGGCGCCUCCUCCUCCUCCAACAAAUGGGCCUCCCUGCCACAUCUCAUCGCAACCGACCCGUACCUUUACAGCUGGAAUCAGACCAUCUUUGCGCUGGCAGCUGAGUGUCUUAUCCUGCCGCCACCGCGGUACGUCGUGGACGGGACGAGCGGGGUGCUGGACGUGGCACGCGAGGUGCAGCGGCGGAUCAAGCUGUGGGCGUAUGCGUUUCGCAUGUCGGCGGAGGGUGGCAAAGGAAAGAUGAAAUGGAAGAGGAGGAUCUGGGAGGAGCUUGUUGUGGCUGCGGGGAAUGGGACAGGGACAGGGACAGGGACAGGUACCGGCCAGGGGUUUGACUUUGGGGUGCAAGGGGAUAAUUGGAAUUCCGGACACUGGCUUGAUGUUGCAGAGUUUUUGCUUGCGUUUUCGAUCGCCUACGACUGGCUUUACGACGCGUGGGAUUCGGCCGAGAGGGAGGCGAUUCGGUGGUCAAUCGUUGACCUGGGACUGCGGAAGGGUCUUGAGGCGUACCAGAACGAUGCAUGGUUUCUCUCGGUUAAGGGGAAUUGGAAUUGCGUCACGAACGGGGCAAUGGUGAUCGGGUCGCUGGCCGUCUACCACGAGGACCCAACCAAUGUCUCGGGACAGCUUCUCCCUCAGGCGAUCGAGAAUGCCGCAAAAUUCUGUGCCCAGUCUGUGGAAUCAGACGGGACGUGGGUCGAAACCCCUGACUACUGGUACUUUGGCACCCAGGCACAUGCCCAGCUAGCCUCGGCGCUGCUGUCAGCAACCGGCAGCACGCAUGGCAUGUUGACGGCGAACCCGGCAUUCCGGGAAACGGGUAUGUUCCACAUAUACAACUACGGCAUGACCGACAAGUUCAACUACGGCGACUGCGGCCCCGUAAAACUCACGGCGACCGCCAACGCGCUACUGUUCUACGGCAACGAGUUCAACAUGCCCCUGUACGCGCUCUACCAACGAGACCGGCCCGAUGCAAGCGACCCGCUCGCCAUGUUGUGGUACAACCCGCAUGUUACGGGCUCAUGGUACCAUGAUCUACCGCUUGACAAAGUCUUUGCCGAUUCUCAGGGUGCUUGGGUGUCGAUGAGAUCGUCCUGGACGGAUCCGUUGGGAAUUUUCGCUGCCAUGAAGGCAGGACGGAUGGUUGGUCAUGCAACACACGGCAAUCUCGACGCGGGUGACUUUGUCCUCGACGCCAUGGGCGUGCGGUGGGCGGGCGAGCUCUGCCAGGACGACUACUCGGCGCCGGGCUACUUCUCAAGCGAGGACCAGGACAGCCUGCGCUGGACCUACUAUCGUUGCCGGACAGAAGGGCAGAACACGAUAGUAUACGAUGGGCGUAAUCAGAGGGCCAAUGCCACAGCCCGAACCCGGUUCGAGAGCAGCCGGGCUGAUGACCAGAUUCUUGAAUCGCUGGACGACGGGGCGUUUUGGAUUGCCAAUCUCACCGAGGCCUAUAAUGGGACACACAUCUGGCGCGGCUUGCGGCUUCUCCGAGGACGGAAGCGGCUUCUGUUGCAAGAUGAGAUCCUCGAGGCGGAGAGGGGGAGUCAAUGGAGGAUGCAUACCAAUGCGUCGAUUGUAUACAGCAACAACGGGAGAUUGGCUCAUCUAGCACUCGACGGCAAGACGCUAGAUGUUCUGCUCGCAUCCCCUUCAACCGCCUCCUUUUACACGGCCCCCGCUGUCCGGCUAGUCACUGACCCCCGAUUGCCAAAUGACGUCCAAGACAUGGCAAACGAGGGCAUCAGCGUGCUCUGCAUUGACAUACCUGCCGGUAACUCCACCGUGGCCGUUGUCUUCUGUCCCCGCUGGGAGCCGGCCUCGACAUGUAUUAGCACUUCCAUUCAAGUUGUCCCUCUACAAGAUUGGAAACUGGAGAUUCCCAUAGGCUAG